AUGGCCGAACAAGAGGUGACUAUAAUCCAAGAAGGUAAACUGAUUUUAUUAUCCAGGAAGGUGAACUAACUUGAAAUAUUUCAGGAAAGGCAAAAGUCGGUUUCCAUGGCCCUGUAUUCUAUAACCCGGUGCAGGAAUUUAAUCGUGAUUUGACUGUGACAGUUCUCCGACAAUUUGUAGAUGAUCGAAUGAAAGCGCGAGCAAAAGUUGAAGAAUCUGAUGAGCCACCAGCAAAAAAGAACAAACUUCUCACAGAAAACGAUAACGGUUCGAUUAGAAUCCUCGACGCUUUGUCUGCCUCAGGACUUCGAGCGCUCAGAUUUUCGCAAGAGGUUGAAAAUGUUGAAUUUGUGAUGGCUAAUGAUUUCUCGGAAAAUGCAGUUGAAUCGAUCAAAGAGAAUGUGAAAUUGAAUAAUGUUGAGGGAAAAGUUCGACCGCAUUUUGGAGAUGCUAUGUGAGUUCUUUGAAAUGUUUUCUGAAAUCAAUAUGAUUUUGAAAUUCAGAAUGACGAUGAUGACGCAUCGCACAUUGGAUAAACGUUUCCACGCGGUCGACCUAGAUCCAUAUGGCUCUGCCUCAUUAUUUCUGGAUUCAGCAGUUCAAUCAGUCGCAGACAAGGGAAUCUUGAUGAUAACCUGCACAGAUAUGGCAGUUCUUUGUGGAAACACACCAGAAGCAUGCUAUAACAAAUAUGACGCGGUGACAACACGAACCAAAUUCUGUCAUGAGAUGGCUCUUCGAAUUUUGCUUCGCUCCAUCGAUUCACACGCCAAUCGAUAUACCAGAUAUAUCGAACCACUCGUCUCGAUUUCAGUUGAUUUUUAUGUGAGAGUCUUUGUGCGAGUUCAUACGGGAGCAAGGGAAAUGAAGGAUUGUGGGGCGAAAGUUGGAACAGUUCUCGUUUGCUCGGGUUGUCAGUCUUUUGAGCAAAUCCCUCUUCUCAAAAAAGUUGUGGAUGGGAAAAGUGUCAAAUUCUCCACCCCAACAAUCAAACAAACCCUGAUUGAUGGUUCAAAUCGAUGUGUUCAUUGUGGACAUGCCGUGCAUCAAAUCGGACCAAUGUAUUUGGCGCCAAUCCAUUCGAAAGACUUUGUUGCGAAAUUGCUAGGCCAACUGAAAAAUACGCCAGAAGAAUUGCGAUUGGGAACGCAUAGCAGAUUGUUGGGUGUUUUGACGACGGUUAGUGAGGAAAUCGAUGAUGCGAUUUUAUACUAUGAACAUGAUCAAUUGGCAAAUGUUGUGAAAUGUUCGGUUCCGAAGGCGAUUAAUGUGAGAAGUGCGAUUUUGAAUGCGGGAUUUAAGGUUUCCGGGUCUCAUUGUAAUCCAAGAGCAAUCAAGACAAAUGCGCCACUUCAAUUUUUAUGGGAUAUUUAUCGAAAGGUGGCGGAGGAUACGAAUGUGGAUCGGGAGAAGAGAUUGGACCCAAAAUCGGCGGGUUAUACGAUUCUUGGGAAACCUAUCAUGUAAGAUUGUUUUGAAUUUUAUGGGCCUAUGCAGAAAACAUUUCUUUCCUAUGCAGAAAAACGUCGAAAAACAAAAUAUACAGUAUUAUUUUUGAGUAGAGACAACGGGAAAUUAAGAGAGUGCAGACAGUUUUUUGUAUUUUUUUGUGCAGAAACCUAAUUUGUCUGUCUGCACUCUCUCAAUUUCACAUUGUCUCUAAUCAAAAAUAAUAAACUGUAUAAUUUGUUUUUUGACGUUUUUCUGCAUAGGCUAAAAACGGACCCUAAUAAUUUUCCAAUUCAAAAUUCCUCCCAAAUUCAUUUUUUUCUCAUUUUCCUCUCUUCCAGAUCCACAAUCGAUUUCAAAUUGCAUCCGGAAGCGGCGAAUCAAAUCAAAAAGGAAAAUAUGGUCAGAUUCCAGUGUAACAAGGGAAAAAAUUGGGGACCACGACAAAAAGCCAAGGGAUCCGUGAAUUCGGCGCAAGCCGGUUUUCAAGUCGAAAAAGUUUGA